GAUCCUUCCGCUCGAGAAAAUAAUCCCCGCUGGACCCCUCGGCGUCUCGCCACCUUCCUCCUUCUCUAUAAUCGGGAAGAAAGAGGAGAAAGAAGGAGGAGGAACCACUCGGACCUCCCCGUGCGAGCUGCAGGCUCCCUCUCCCUCAACUCUGCCCCUUGCGGACUCUUUGGUCGCUGCGCACCGUAUCCCUCCGCGGCAGCCAUUUUGCGUGAGCGCAGCGGGAAGGGGCGGAGAGCUCCUGUUCUGCUCUCAGACCUGGAUCCACAUGGACACGCUGCUGUGUCUGUACGAGGUGCUGCUGGGAAUGGGGCUGAUGUGAAUGCCAAGGACAUGCUGGAAAUGACUGCUUUACACUGGGCAGCAGAACACAACCACUGGGACGUGGCGGAGCUGCUGGUCAGACACAAAGGUGAUGUCCACGCAACCAGCAUGUCUGAUACAUCCCCCUUUGACAGUGCUUUGGACAGGAGUAAUCUGGAGACGCUGAUGAUCCUGCAGGAAUCAACCAGAGAAAGGAGGAUCCCAUCAGCAGCGCUGUGACCGUCAGCUCAUCAUUUGUUCUUACAGCUGGGGAAGUCUUCAGCCUCGCUGGUCUCAUCUCUGCAGCAAAUACCAAAGGUGCGGUCUGACGUGGCCGUAUGGGAAUGUCCCAUGGGGUUGCUAUGGGUGCAGACACACAGCAGAAGGCAGGUGGAUGUUUGGUGCCACCACACACAGCAGCUGUUGGCUUCUGGCUGCAGAGGAUCCCCAUUUUCUCUCUCUUUGCUGCUGCAGGCAGCAGGGUGAUUUCAGGCAGUGCAGUAGGGGUGGAUCUGUACGUGGUGGAGCUCUGCUGAGCUCAGCUGUGGGGCUGCUCCAGAGCCUGAGCAGAUGGAUUAGGAUGAUUGCAACAGGAGAAUGGCUGUUAUUGAGGUGCCAAAGCCUCAGCACUGCAGCGCUGUUGGGGGGUGUUUGCUUUGUUCCCUGUUGUCUGUAAAGGAGCUGGGUGGAUGUUCUGUAUAUGUAAGUGCUGAGGAAGGAGAAGAGGGAAAAGUCCUUGCUGAAUAAGCAGCCCUAUGGGGACGUGUGUUACUCAUUGCCCUUCUGCGUUAGGUGGAAGGCAUUCAGUUCCUCAUCACUUUAUAAGCCACGCUUUGGUGGGAAAGCACUCAGUGAAGGUUGAACCCAAACGGGCAGGUUGGGGUAAUUCCAGUGUUUGUCGUGAUGUUCGUGUUCUGUAUUAGGGGAAAUCCAAACCUCUGCUCCUUUGCAGUCACACGGGGCAGGCAGCUGAGUGCAGACUGUGUGAGCCAGCCCUGGGCUGUGAACCCACGCAUCGCUGCUGGCUCUCAUUGAUCGCAGCUCUCUUAUGAUCCUUUGGUUCCUGCGCUGCGUUCCCCGUUUCCCACCAGAGGGCACCAGUGGCUGCGCGACCGGAGCCACCACCGGCUUCUCCUUUAACCCUUUUACCGCUAAGAAUAGACCAGCUCGCCUUCUGUUCCCGGAGGGCUUUUUACAGGGGAAUAAGCGCUCAGCUGGUGUGAGGAAUCCGAUUAUGGGCUGCCAUGGCCCAAGGCCUGGGAAGGGUUGUUUGCAAAUCAGCCCCUCGAAAACCUUCCUAAAACCGAGAGGUGAGGGCAGCGGGGUGGGCUGCAGGGGGGACUCCCCUUUGGUGCUGGGUCUUUUUUAAUGCUGAUUUUUCAGUUUGUGGGUUGUAUGCGUGCCAAUAAAGGACUGUUUGCGCCCUUUAA